AUGUCGCUACAACAACCAGCUAGACAACAUCAGGGAGUUGAUGAGAAUGCGCAGCGAAGCUCAAAGUCUCAAAAGGUUAGAUUUGCACCGCACACGUCAGAAGGUAAGCCUCUGAAGUCAUGCAAAGUAACCUUACAUGAUUCGCUAUCGCAUUACCAAGCGGAAAUGAAGAGAAUCAAGGAGACGAUGAAGAAGCUCUACCGUCUCAGAGUAGCAACAAAGAUCAGCGCACUGCUCUCAUCUGAUUAUGAGAUGGUUUUUCUCAAUUAUAUUGAGAACCGCUUAGAGCGGUUGGAGUUACAACGAGAGUGUUAUAGAUGUAAUUUUGAGACUGUCAAUUUGCAGAAAGAUCUGAAAGACGUCAGCACGCGGCUAAAGCUUCAUAGACACAGCUUGAAGCAUGGCGGGGAUGAAUGGGAAUACCGCACCUUGAAGAAAUGGAGUGCAGUGCCAGCUCAGGGACAUAAAUGGACACAGCAAUUUGAAUCCGAUACUGUGGCGCUUCUGACUAUAGAAAAGGCAGACGUGUCAGCAAAGAUCAGUAUUUUGGAUCAACGUUUUGCCAGGCUCAGCUCGAAGUUGGAGCAAAAUGGUACGGCAGAGAAGAAGCAACCCCCAGAUGUUGUGACUGCAUGGAAGCGCUUUGAUGUUAAACUUGGGGUGAAACGUUACACUGACGUAGCAGUUUGA